GUCGGUAGUGUCGGUUAGAGUAACGGAGAAAGAAAAGAAUCGUUACCAAUCCAAUUCGAAACAUAGUCUUGAGAACUGAAGCUAAGAGCUGAAAACGCAUAUCACACGGCCAAUGGGUAACGCUCAUCGACACGGACAUCGCAAACACCACAAUUCCCUCCCUCACAACACGCUUCCUCCGCCGCAUAAAUACGGUCCUCACCCACCGUUCCCACCCACCUCCAGUUCCAACAUGCUCUCCCUGCCUUACGCCCACGCCGACACCACUCUCCGCUCCCUCGCCGCCCAAGCCGAGGGCUUCGGCCGUAACGCCGUCGGCGGCCUCCACGGUCCCCUUCACCACGUCACAUCUCUCGCAGAUGAUGGACCGGGUUCGCUGCGUGACGCGUGUCGCCGGAAGGAACCUUUGUGGAUCGUGUUUGAGGUUUCCGGCACUAUUCACCUCUCUUCCUACUUGAGCGUGUCGUCUCACAAGACCAUCGAUGGUCGCGGCCAGAGGAUUAAACUCAGUGGAAAAGGUUUGCGCCUCAAGGAAUGCCAACACGUCAUAAUUUGCAAUUUGGAGUUUGAAGGAGGCAGAGGGAGUGACGUUGAUGCCAUUCAGAUCAAACCUAAUUCCAGCCACAUAUGGAUUGACCGUUGCACGCUUUCUGAUUUUGAUGAUGGCCUUAUCGACAUCACCCGAGAAAGCACAUACAUUACUAUUUCAAGGUGUCACUUUCUUCAGCAUGACAAAACUAUGCUAAUUGGGGCUGAUCCCUCGCAUGUUGGAGAUAGGUGCAUGAGGGUCACCAUACACCAUUGUUUCUUCAAUGGGACUCGACAGAGGCACCCCCGUGUUAGGUUCGCAAAAGUGCAUAUGUACAAUAAUUAUAUCAGAAACUGGGGCAUAUAUGCUGUUUGUGCUAGUGUGGAAUCCCAGAUAUUCUCGCAACAUAAUAUCUAUGAAGCAGGGCAGAAGAAGGUGGCAUUUAAGUACCUUACGGAGAAGGCAGCAGACAAGGAAGUGGGAACAACUGGUCUCAUAAGGUCUGAAGGAGACUUGUUCUUAAAUGGUGCUCAACCAGGGUUGACUGAGGAUAAUGGGUGCAACAUGUUUCACCCCAGUGAACACUAUCCCUCGUGGACACUGGGAGCCCCUACAGAUGAUCUAAAACAGAUUCUUCACCACUUCACUGGAUGGCAAUCUAUUGCUAGGCCAGCAGAUGAAACGUUAUGCUCAGAAUAGAAACUAAGCUAGCCGUUGUACAAAUCCAGGGGUAUCUGAACUUCUAUAUUAUUAUCCUCCCGCCCCCUAAGUAUAUUCUAUCAAGCUACCUUCCUGUGUAUAUAGAACAUGAUUAAUUACUUGUUAAGUUAUUAUGACAAGAUAGUGAAAUACAAUUAAUCCUCCCCCUAUGUUUUUGUACAACACAAUGCAGUCUUAACUUAUUUCCACAUUAGACUCUA